UUUUCUUUUUUUUUGGCACACGCUCGACAGGCAACGACCGGUUUAGACGUUGCCGUUCGCAAGCCAGCCAAAAUGGAUUUCGAGAGUGUUUUGGAGAAAUGUGGAAGCUUUGGGCGAUACCAGUUCGUAUUGCUCGUGCUCUAUGGCUACACGAAUAUUUUGUCGUCCUUUCACUACUUCUCGCAGACCAUCAUCAGCUUUACGCCGCCGCAUAGCUGCGUGGCUGAAGCAACGUCAGGUUCGUAUGUGUCGAUAAAUGGCUCCUACUUGGACCGCUGCAGCUAUACGAAGUGGAAUUCAGAUGAGUCGAUGAGCGAGGAAUUCAAAUGUCAAUCCUGGCAAUUUGAGCGUGAGAGCAAUUAUGAGAGCAUUACCACCGAGCUCGAGUGGGUCUGUGAUGAUGCCUACAAGCUGGCCGUGGGUCAAUCGUUCUUCUUCAUUGGCUCCGUGCUGGGCACCAUAUUCUUUGGCUAUCUGGCAGAUCGUAUUGGCAGAUUGAAGGCCUGCAUGCUGACCACUCUGACGGGCGCCUUUGGUGAUUUCAUCACGUCCUUUGUCAAUUCACUGCCUCUUUUCUCGGCUGGCCGCUUUGUGGCCGGCCUGUCAACGGACACGCAGUAUAUUCUGAUGUACAUACUGGUAUUCGAGUAUCUGAGUCCCAAACAUCGUACUUUGGGUCUUAACAUCGUUUUGGCUGUAUUCUAUUGUGUGGGCCUGGUCAUAUCGCCGUGGGUGGCCAUUUGGGUGGGCACUUGGCGCAACUAUCUGUGGGCUGCCUCGUUGCCGGCAUUGGGCGUGCUCUGCUAUCCGUGCUUGCUCUUCGAGAGCGCCGAGUGGCUGUUGACGAAGCGUCAGUUCGAGAAGGCUGCGGAAUGCUUGCGACGCAUUGCCAAGUUUAAUAGGCGCCAAGUGGACGAGUAUGUGUUUGACGAGUUCAUUAAGCACUAUCACGAAAAGAUAAACGUGGAGCAGAAAACCACAAACGAUACGUUCAUGGGCAUGCUAAGGACGCCAAGAUUGCGCAAAUUUACUAUCAUACUGCUCAUUAAGUCCAUGAUCAUCACGGUGGCCUUUGACAUACUCAGCCGCAACAUGGAGGGCAUGGGCACUUCGCCGUUCAUGCUCUUCUCAUACACCAGCUUCACAUACCUGCCAGCCGGCCUGACCAUAAUACUCUUCCAGAACUACAUCGGGCGCAAGGGCAUGGCCUGUGCCUCCCUAUUUGUGGGCGCUGUCAUUACGGCAGUGACGGGCUAUUUGAUAGCCAACUUAGACCCAGCUGAGCAUUCGCUGGUGCUGGCGCUAAUGGUGGGCCUGGGCAGAUAUGGAGGCGUCGUCGCCUACGAUGCGGAGGCUCAAUAUGCUGCCGAGAUAAUACCCACAAGUGUACGCGGCCGCGGCAUGUCUAACAUACACGUCGUGGGCUAUGCCUUUGGCUUCUUUAGUUCGUACAUCAUAUUUUUGGGCACUUUCUACAAGCCUCUGCCCUCGAUUUUUAUCAGUCUUCUCAUGUUUAUUGGAUCCGCGUUAUGUCUAGCGCUGCCGGAAACAGUCAAAAGGAAACUGCCCCAAACAUUGACGGAUGGUGAGACGUUCGGUGUAGGCGAAAAGUGGUAUUACUUUCCCUGCUUUAGUCAGAAGCGGAUACAGGACGGCGAAACGAUAUCUGUUGCCACCAUAGAAAAUACUCAUACAGCAACUUUACCUAAAUAG